AUGGCAUUCUUAUUAAAUCAUAACUUCCAAGUCCAAUUAAGAAAUAGUCAAAAUGCGUCUAACCAAUUUCCAAACUACUUUGGUAUUCAAAAGAGCCCACCAAAGAAAUUUGUGUUGAACCAUUUUGACGAUUCGUACCCACUCGACAUGCAACCAUAUCGCAAACCAUCGGAUGAGGACGAUUACAGAUACACUUCAUUUACUUUAAAUACUGGUAGUAGUAGUAAUGCUGUUGAUGAACAAUUAAUGAAGAAAGAACCUGUAGUCUUGCUGAGUUCAUCAAAAAAACUAUUAAAUUCAAAACUAUUAAAAUUUAAUAUAAAUAUAUACAAUUGUGAAAUAAUGACAGAUAACAAUAAUACUACUGAUAAUGAAGAAGUAAGCUUUACAUGUCCUCCUUGGGCUACAGUACCAGAUUUCCCAGCCUAUUUAGUAACAAAAGAUACAAAUGAAAGAAUAGAUUUGAAUAAAGAGAAAUACCUUAUCUUUGGUAGAAACAAAGAUCACUGUAAUAUAGUAAUCGAUCAUCCCUCUGUAUCAAGAAUUCAUGCUGCACUUAUAUACCAUGGAGCAAACAAUAGAUUCUAUCUUAUCGAUUUACAAUCAUCAAGUGGAACCUAUGUAAAUGGAGAAAAGAUUGCAGUUCAUGCACCAGCAUCUAUUAAAGAGGAUUUUACAAUGAGAUUUGGUGAUGAUCAAAAAGAGUUUACAUUAAAAGGUGCAAAUUUAAAACAAUCCUCUUCAUCAUCGUCGUCCUCUAAAUCUAAAAAAGAAAACAGUGGUCUUACCAAGGUACAAUGUAGACAUUUAUUGGUUAAACAUAGAGAAUCUAGAAACCCACGUUCAUGGAGACAAGAAAAUGAAAUCACUAGAACAAAGGAAGAGGCUAUGGUAAAAUUACAAGGAUAUAGAGACAUGAUUACCAGUGGCAGUCACAAGUUUGACGAGUUGGCACACAAGUACUCGGAUUGCAGCAGUGCCAAACGAGGUGGAGAUUUGGGUUUCUUUACCCGAGGACAAAUGCAAAAAGCCUUUGAAGAUGCUUCUUUUGCUUUACAAGUUGGUGAAAUGACCGAAAUUGUCUCUACCGAUUCAGGUGUUCAUAUCAUUGAAAGAACUGCCUAA